GAAUGGAAAAGGGGAAGAAAUUGCAAAUAAAAGCAACUUUUGUGACAUGAAAUGGAGAGCACAUCAUGACCCAAUCAAACCCCAACUAUAUAUCCCAUUCCCCCUCUCUCUCUCUCUCUCUCUCUCUCUGUCUCUGUCUCUCUCUCUCUCUCUCUCUCUCUCUCUCUCUCUCUCUCUCUCUCUCUCUCUCUCUCUCUCUCUCUCUCUCUCUCUCUCUCUCUUCCCCCCCCCCCCCCUCACUGUCACUCUAUUUCUAUUUUUCCAUGGGGGAGAGAAGAAGUGGAAAGAGAGACCAUUAGGAUUUGUACGAGGGUGGAUGCCAACACAAAUUGGGAAGUCCGUCCAUUUCCCCUCAUUUGAAUGGACCGCGGCCUAAAGGAAGGCGUUAUACAUACCGGCUACAUCAAAAGACCAUUUCAAUGUAUUCUAAAAACAUCUCAGAGUGAGACACACAUCAUUAGGGAGGAGAGAAAACAGUAUACUGUUUAAAACAAUAAAAGGGGUUUGCGUUUUCAGGACUCAAAGCAAAGGGGUCUAGUUUCACGCCGCUCUUGUGUGGUCUCUCCCUCUCUCUCCCCCUCUCUCUCCCCUCUCUCUCUCUCUCCCCCUCCCACUCCCUCUCCCUCACUCUCUCUCCCAUUCUCUCUUCUCUCUCCCUCACUCUCUCUUUCUCUCUUACUCACUGACUCUCUCUCACUCCCCUAUUUCCCUUCUCUCGUCUCUGUCUCUUGUUUUUCAUUUCUAUCACUCUCCCUCCUCCUCCCCCUCCUCCUCCCCCUCCUCCUCCCCCUCCUCCCUCUCCACCACCCUCUCUCCCUACUCUUUCACUCUCUCUCUUCCUCCUCUCCCUCCUCACUACCGUGCGGUUCCUAGCCUAUGAGCUGGCGUGGGCCCUUCCUUCCAACACCACCCCGGCAGACCUGUUAAAAAGCUGGGCUGGAGGUCUUUGCAGUGCACUCGCUCUCUCUCUCUCUCUCUGUCUUGCGCUCCCCCUCGGUGUCUCUCGCCCUGCCGUUGGUCCCCGGUUAUCCCAGGUGCCAGGCCAGGUGAGACCUGUACAGCGCGCACCUCCAGGGGUGCACCUCAGGUUCGGGAUGCGGACGCAACACGCUCUGGGCCCCCCCGGGCUCCAGCUCUUACUACUGGGGCCCUCGCUGCUGCUGCUGCUGGACACGGCCCUGGGGGACAGCCAAGCGCUCUAUGAGCGGGAGAAGGAGCCAGCCUAUUGGGACGCUCAGGCACGUGACACGCUGGUCGCUGCCCUGAAGCUCCGCCCCCGCGAACACCGGGCCAAGAACCUCAUCCUCUUCCUGGGAGACGGUAUGGGCGUGUCCACAGUGACUGCAGCGCGUAUCCUGAAGGGUCAGAUGGAGGGGAAGUCAGGGGAGGAGACAGUGCUGGCCAUGGACAGCUUCCCCUACCUGGCUCUUUCUAAGACCUACAGCGUCGACCGACAGGUGGCCGACAGCGCGAGCACGGCCACGGCCUACCACUGCGGCGUGAAGGCCAACGCCAAGACGGUGGGCCUUAGCGCCCGAGCGGUGGCCUACGAGUGCAACACCACCUUCGGGAACGAGGUGUACUCUGUGCUGCGGCGCGCCAAAGCACAAGGUAAGGCGGUGGGCAUCGUGACCACCACGAGGGUGCAGCACGCCUCCCCGGCCGCCGCCUACGCCCACUCCGUCAGCCGCAGCUGGUACAGCGACGCCGACCUGCCCGCCAGCGCGCGCCGCCACGGCUGCGUGGACAUCGCCACGCAGCUGGUCACCAACGUCGACAUCGACGUGAUCCUCGGGGGAGGACGGAUGUACAUGACCCCCAAGGGAACCCCGGAUCCUGAGUACCCCACCUCCAACUCCCGGAAGGGGGACCGCAAGGACAGGAAGAACCUCAUCGAGCAGUGGCUGAAGGCCAAGCCGAAGAAGAAGUCCCACUAUGUUUGGCACAAGGAGCAGUUUGACGAGAUCAACCCCAAGACCACCGACCGUCUCAUGGGUCUGUUCGAGCCAAAGGACAUGCGGUUCGAGGUGUUCCGGAACAACACUCGGGACCCCUCCAUCGUGGAGAUGACCGAGAAGGCCAUCCAGAUCCUCAGCAAGAACCCCCGAGGCUACUUCCUGUUUGUGGAAGGAGGGAGAAUCGACCACGGUCACCACGACGGGGUCGCCAAACUGGCGCUGACGGAGGCUGUGAUGUUCGACCGCGCCAUCCACCGCGCCUCGCGGCUCACCAGGGAGUCGGACACGCUCACCGUGGUGACCGCGGACCACUCCCACGUCUUCACGUUAGGGGGGAACACCCCCAGAGGGAACUCCAUCUUUGGUCUGGCAGCAAAGAAGGCCGAUGACAGCAUGCCGUUCACCAGCAUCCUGUAUGCCAACGGGCCGGGUUAUGUGCAUGUGAACGGAACCAGGGCCAACAUCACGUUGGUGGAUUACUACGACCAGGAGUACAUGCAGCAGGCGGCCGUGCCCCUGGACUCGGAGACCCACGGUGGGGAGGACGUGGCCAUCUACGCCCGCGGCCCCAUGGCCCACCUCUUCCACGGGGUGAAGGAGCAGAACUACGUGGCCCACGUCAUGGCCUACGCCGCCUGCCUGCCGCCCUACAAGGACUGCCCCCCCAAGGAGUGCUCCCACACACAGGCCGCCGGCUCGGGUGGCCCCCGGACCCCGGCGUCGGGCUUGUGCCCCCCGCUGGUGGGACUGGUCCUAUGGCUGCUGUUGAGAUGACGAGGGGAACGAAAUGAUGAGACGUUUACAGGAUGUACUGUGUGCACACACACACACACACACACACACACACACACACACACACACACACACACACACACCACACACACAUAGACACACACACACACACACACACACACACACACAGACACACACACACACACACACACACACACACACACACACACACACACACACACACACACACACACACGUGAGGACCCCACUAUGGACUAAGUGGAAGCAGUUCUAUGCACUAGAGUGAAGAUAAUCAUAUAGACAAUGUAUGUUUGUGCUCCUUCUUCCUCACACACACACACUCACACGCACGCACACAUACACGCACAUACACAUCCAUGUGCAAGACCCAACAACAAAGGCCUAUGUACACAGCCUCCAGGGGUUGAUUUUAAUUGUUGUUAUGGAAAUACACGCGUACACACACACACUGCGAUUGUGGCAUCACCAAUUUAAUUGGAGUAAUUUCCAACUGCCGUUUUUAUCACAUGAUAAGUAGGGGCCAGUAGGAUAAGCCUCAAAGAAUCCUCUCAUCUUUGGUCUUUUGGAUAACUGUGUGUACGUGAGUGUGUGUGUGAGUGUGUGCGUGUGUGUGUGUGUAUGUGUGUUUGUGUGUGUGUGUGUGUGUGUGUCUGUAUUUUACCAAAGAACUGAUGACUCGUUGUUUUUCUGAUAACUCAGAGGCCUUAGACAGUGGCUACAAUAGAUAGCCACAAUCAUUUACGAUUUAACUCGAAAGCGUUUAUUAUAAUAAUGGGCAGAGAGGCAAAGCUAUAACUAGUAUAACUCCACUGUUGGGAAGAGCUGACCUUUGACCUCCGCCUGCGACAUACCAAAACGAUUUCUGAUGCUGUACCUCUUGACUGACCGGAGAUUUAAGUAUAGUUUUGAGUUCUUAUUUUAACCUCAUAGGUUCCAAACUGUGUUCCCGUAGCUGGUAUGUUCAUCUGAAAUCUACUCGGACGGGGAUACAUGAAUUUAUUUUCUAUGCAGAUAUUGUUAUUGUAUUUUUGUACUGCGUUUUUACCAAAUGUUAGUUAAGUAUGGAAUAAUAAAAACACAAAAAGGACCUA